AUGGCUUCAUCUCAGGACUAUCAACAUUCUCAUCCCCUUCUGGGGAGCUUGGUUGGACUUCAACGGAAUAAUGUCACCGUGCAGUUCAGAGGCAUCCCCUUUGGCUCGAUUCCCGGCCGGUUCCGCCAGUCUCAAUUGGUGACGCAGUUGCCUUCACAGCCCUAUGUCGCAACCGAAUAUGGGCCAGAAUGCCCACAGCCAUAUACACCAUACCCUCAAUACUGGUCUACGCCACCUGAGGAGAAAGUACCAAAGCCCCCGGGCUUUGACGAAUUGAAAUGCCUCAAUCUCACCAUCACCACACCGACAGCAGCACUUGUUAGCUCUGCUAGAGUGCCAGUGAUGAUCUGGGUGCACGGUGGUGCCUUCGCAGGUGGAAGUCAUACAGUCAUCGCCGGAGGUCGUUAUGUCUACGACCCCAUUGACUUCGUCCAGAAAAGCGUGGAAAUCGGCAAACCGGUCAUGGUGGUCGGCAUAAACUACCGUACUGGCCCUCUCGGAUUCCUGACUUCAUCGGAACUCGCAGCAAUCAACAAGGCUCAUGGUGAACCUGUGGGCAACUAUGGCCUGCAUGAUCAACUACGAGCUGUUGAAUGGGUCGUCCGGUUUGGUGAUGGACUCGGAGGUAAUCCCAAGCAGAUCACGUUGUAUGGGACCAGUGCUGGUGCGGCUUCAGUUCAUUAUCAUCUCCUCUCCGGUUGGGAAUGUGGAUUUCAAAGGGCAAUUCUGGGCAGUGGAACUGCUUUGGGGAUUGGACCCUUGAGCUCGGACCGACACCAAGCCCUGUUCGAUGAAUACACGUCGAGACUAGGUCUGAAGAAAGAUCAGGCCGAUCUUAUAGCACGACUCAUCGACAUUCCUGUUGAACAGAUUGUCGAUGCUUCGAAUUGCUCAGAUACACUUGGAUCCGUAUAUCACCCUUUGAUUGAUGUUGAUUUUAUUGGUAAUGCUGCGGCGCAACGACACUCCAAUAAGAAGAAGGAAGGUACUGAUAUCAUGAUAGGAUCCUGUGACUACGAGAAAGAAGUCAUCGAAGGUACCUUCUCGGACUCCUUGAACGACGAACUGGAGUUCAUACAACGAUUAGUGGCUUCGAAUGGCAUGAUGGAAAAUAUGAAGAACUUCUUGACUUCGGACGUACUCCAAGCCUACAACAUCGACCCACCCUCAAGCGACAGGUCGUCUUCUCAUGACAGCUUCAUGGAUCUUGCUGGAGAUCUGGGAUUCCGGGUCCCACCUUACUAUACGGUCCUGCAUUCAGCUGCGAGAAGCUACUUCUUCGACUUCCAAGCUGUGAACCCCUACCCAGGGGCAAAGCAGAACUAUCGCAAAGCUCACCAUGGUGUUCACGAUCUAUUUGUGUUCAAUGCGGCACCUGACCUGGUACCGCUCGAAGAUCAACCCAACUGGAAUGCGACCGCCACUCAUGUGCAAGAGGCUUGGAUAUCGUUCUGUAACGGGCAAGUGCCUUGGACGCCUUUUGAUAAGACAGUGGGCGGACCGGUAUACGUUUUUGCAGAUGGAGAUAAGUCCGGAGAAGUUCGAGACUUAGAAGCGGCUCUCGGCAAUGAGAAGGCAAGAAGAUGGAAGGCUCUCCUUGCGCAAGCCGAAAGGUGA